AUUAAGGGGGUCGCCAUUGGCGGUCCGCUGCGCCGGCUCUGGCUCGGACGGCAUCAAUUGGACGAAACCCGCCGACACCGCACGAGACGGCGCGAACGCCGGCACCAGCAGCGACAGCGGCAGCGGCAAGGGUAGUGGCAGCGACAACAGCGGCAGCAACAGUAGCAGCAGCAGCAGCAGCAGUUCUCAAUCUAGCAGCAAUGGCGCCUCGAGCAACAGCGGCUUUAGCGGCUUCGACGGCUUUAAGAACUACGCAUCGUCGUUCCAAGGCUUUGGCAAGGGUGGCGAAAGCGGGAACAGCGCCGGGAAAGGCGGCGGAAAUGGCGGCGGGAAUGGCGGCGGGAAUGGCGGCUUCAACUUCCGAAACUUCGCCGCCGGCAGUAAGAGCGGCAACGGCGCCGGCGGAAUUGGCGGCAACCGGGGAAGCGCGAGCAGCGGCAGCAGCAGCGGCGGCGUGAGCGAUCCGCAGAAGAAACUCGCGGAUAUCGUGGCGGACGUGCGGCGGCUCGGGCUGUCGGGCAUAGUUUUCGGCGCGAUCUGCGGCAUGCACGGCGUGGUUCACGGCACGCUGGGCGGCACGGGCGAUCGCGUGCUCGAUGGGCUCUCGCAGAUAUGGUUCAUCUUCAUCCUGCUGGACGUGGUCCUAACGGCUGCCACGUGGAUUGCUGGAGGCGCCGCGGAGCUGCUGGUUCUGUCGUUCGCCAUGUGUCCUUGGUGCGGCCAUCAGUUCCACUAUCACAGGGACUUCUUUCAAGGAGUGAUGGCAUGUCCUCGGUGCUUCCAUCCCCUUCGAUUUGAGAACGGCAUGUUCCUCCGUGACCGUCCACGCUUCUCGCGUGUGGAUUUCAGCUAUGAUGUCUUUGCCGAAGCAGAGGAGGAGGAUG